ACCCUCUCUCACUCCUCCCGCUCUCUCUCUCUCACGCACACCACACAGUAAACCUUUCAGAUUCAACUACCCGCCCACCUUCCGCCGUCGCCACCGCCGCCUGAAAGAGUGUGUGAAAAAAAAAAAAAAAAAACCAAAAACCGGCUCCAAUGUCGCCGCCGCCGUCGCCGGAAUAUUUCACAUCCUUCUUCAUCCCAUUCUCCGGCUGCUCCUCCGCCGAGGCUUCCCUCUGCUUCCUCCUCCUCGCCGCCGUCUUCGCCUUCUGGCUCACUCCCGGCGGCCUCGCAUGGGCUUUGUCACGGGCCCGGGCUCAGCCCCGGCCCGCGAUCCCAGGGCCCGCGGGCCUCCCUAUCUUAGGCCUGAUUUUGCCCUUCACAAAUUCGCUAACUCACAGAGCUCUCUCCGCUCUCGCGAAAUCCUCAAAGGCCGAGCCGCUGAUGGCCUUCUCCGUCGGGCUCCGCCGCCACGUCAUCUCCGGUUCGCCGGAAACCGCCCGAGAGAUUCUCAACAGCUCGGCUUUCGCGAACCGGCCGGUCAAGGAAUCGGCGUACGGACUGCUGUUCGAUCGGGCAAUGGGGUUUGCGCCGUACGGAGAGUACUGGCGGAAUUUGAGGCGGAUCGCGGCGGCGCAUUUGUUCAGUCCGGCGAGAGUGGCGGGCUUCGGGAGAUUCCGGCAGGAAAUCGGUCUGAAAAUGGUGGAGGAAAUCAAGACGAGAAUGGCUUCCGACAAUGUCGUCGAAAUAAAAAAUCUCCUCCACUUCGCGUCCCUCAACAAUGUCAUGACCACCGUGUUCGGUAAGAGCUACGAUUUCUCCGGCGGCGGCGCCGCCGCAGACGGUGGUCUCGAGCUUGAGUGGCUCGUUAAAGAAGGUUACGAAUUGCUGGGUAUGUUCAAUUUGGGGGAUUAUUUUCCGAUUUUAGGGUUUCUGGACUUGCAAGGAGUGAGAAAGAGGAGUAAGAAACUUGUCGGAAGAGUAAAUGCAUUCGUCGGAAAGAUGAUCGACGAGCAUCGUAUGAAAAGAUCCAAACUUCCCGUCGAUCAUGAUCAUCAUUCUCAGGACUUUGUCGAUGUUUUGCUCGAUUUAGAACACAAGGAGAAUCGUCUGUCUGAUUCCGACAUGAUCGCUGUUCUUUGGGAAAUGAUCUUCCGAGGUACCGAUACGGUGGCGAUUCUCUUAGAAUGGAUUCUCGCAAGAAUGGUGAUUCAUCCCGACAUCCAAAUCGCGGCGCAAUCGGAGAUCGACCGCGCGAUCGGCGGCGACAAUCGAAAAAUAACCGAUUCUGAUCUCGCAAACCUUCCAUACCUCCAAGCCAUAGUCAAAGAGACUCUCCGGGUCCAUCCUCCGGGACCGCUUCUCUCGUGGGCCCGUCUCGCGAUUGACGACACCUUUUUGGGGCCCCACUUUAUCCCGGCGGGGACCACGGCAAUGGUCAACAUGUGGUCAAUAACCCACGAUAGCAAAAUAUGGCCCGAUCCGGAAAUUUUCCGACCAGAGCGAUUUCUAAUUGCUGAUGUGGCCGUAAUGGGGUCUGACCUGAGGCUUGCCCCGUUCGGAUCCGGGCGGCGGGUCUGCCCGGGGAAGACGAUGGGGCUGGCAACAGUCCAGCUGUGGCUCGCGCAAUUGCUUAGGAACUUUGAUUGGAUCGAAUCGGACAAGCACCGUGUGGAUUUGUCGGAGAACCUUAAACUGUCGUUGGAAAUGGAACAGCCGCUUGUUUGUAAGGCGGUGGCUCGGAGUUUUUAAGGUUUCGAUAUGGCUGUGAGUGUCGUGUCCAUAGAUGGAAGAAGGUAAGGUCUGGUUUGGUUUAGGUUUUUAUGAGAGAGGUGAGGAAGAAGAUGGAAUGGAAGUUUAGUUUUUGGUGGGAUUAGGGAUUGGUUUGGCUUUAAUUUGGUGUUUGUUUUAGCUUCAUUUUCAUGUCGAUAUAGCUUUAGCAGAAUCCGAUGAUGAUGAUGAUGAUGAUGGACUGACUGUGUUUGUUUAGUUUCUAGUAGAAUGUUUCGAUUUCCCACUUUUGGAAAUUUUCUUGCCUUUGUCUUA